CAUGGGUCGCCUGUUCGGGGCGCUGCUCGUGCUGCUGCUCGCGCACUGCUGCAUCCAGGCCGGCAGGGCGUCCAACCCGUCCAGGAAGUCGCUGCGCUCCAUCGACUGCAGGCGACUGGUGUUCCACCCGCAGUGCCGGGGGAUAGCGGCCAAGCGGUCCAUGCCCAGCCUCCAGGAGGAGCGGUACCAGCUGGACAGGGACGAGCCCGCACCGGCACCGGUGCCCGCCGUCGCCCACCCCUCGCCCUUCUCGUCCGCCUUCUCGUCCGAGCUGCGAGGCGACCCGCUGCUGCUCGGGCUGCUCGGCCGGAUGGCCGCCGUGGAGGGCGGACGGCACGGGGGCGACUUGGCUGCUGCGGGCGAGGAUGGCGACGCUCGUGACCAGCGCGACCAGCGAGACCAGCGCGACCAGCGAGACCAGCCGUGGGCCAGUGCUGACCAGAGCACUUCCGCUAGGAUGGAGUGGCAGAACGCGAGGAAACGUAUGAAGGAGCAGGACGUUUCCUACGACUACUGAACACUACUCAACAACAUGAUAGCCUUUUUAUUUAAAACUUGAAUUAAUAACUCUCAAAAAAUGUCAUAGUUAUAGUUGUCCAGACACGAGGCGGUUCUUACUUCGCUGUGUACUUACGCGGAGGUAACAAUAUCGUUACCUUUUUUUGAAAAAAAUCUAUUAAACAUAAAAAGGGAUGUCGGUAGUGUAGAUAUGUUAGUUGUAUUAUCGUGCAACUGUCGAUAAAACGACCAAAAAUGUCAACGGAUGAAAAAAAAGAGUCGCAACGUUUGUUUUUGACUGCUUCCCAUUAAUAAAGGGGAUAAAACAUUAAAACGAGAGAGAGAGCGAAAAGAAGUGUGUCAGUGGGUUAAAACGUAGCGGGCCGGCCUGGGUCGGGCGAACUAAUGUAAUUGUUCUCGUUGGUGAGUCGUGACCGACGAGUCUAGGCCGGGCCGGGCUAGGCGAGCGGGGGCGGGUCUAGGCAUCACCUGUGGCUGGGGGGUCGCCUAGUCGCCUAGCCCGCGUGACGUCACUACGCGCCACUCAGCGAAGCGUGACUAUUAUAUCCACAUCAUCCGGAGUAAGCCCCCCGGGCCCCCCGGGCCGUCCCGGGGGCGGUCGCCCGUCGCGUCGCCCACCGGUCGGGUCGGCCUGCUCCCGGGGAUGGUCCUGUCCGAGGUUGCAAGCAGAUCUGCGCAAGCUGUCAUAGCAUGCUUUUGUACAUUAGAAAAGUUGGAAGGCAUCCCAAUAAUUAGCUGAUGUAUGUACAGUCAAAUGACGAAAGCGUCGGCGGCACACCCAUUUGGGAUUCGUGGCGUUGGGGGAUGGGGUACAAAUAUAAUGGGGUUCUAUGGAUUCCUAUAAUGGUCCUGAAAAUUUGUGGGACCCCGUAAUAUUUGUUCCCCUUCUAAAAGAGUCACGUCGAAGGGGGCGGGGCGGGGGAGCACCGUACCCUCGUUCUACAAGUUUGUAAUCAAUCUGACACUUCGAGUCGCAGGGCUGUAGAGAUUUGAAGGCGGGAAAAAACCCUGAAAAAAUUGCGGGAAAAAUACGGGGAAAAUAACGAAAACUUUGGACGCCUCUUAUUUUGUUUCCUUUUCCAAAUUUUCACGGAAAAUUUUCAGGGGGAAAAAACGUUUCCCUUUAAAUUAAAAUCUCUCCCGGGCUGGAGCCGAGGCCGGAGCACUGGAGCUGGAGCAGCGGACUGCCGCCGGUGUCGCCGUGUCCGCCGCGUGGAGGGGCUGGGGAUGAUGAGGGCGCGCAGGUGUAUGGGCAGCACGAGUUUGUCGCGGCUCGGGCUGUGGCGCUGCGCCACCGCAACCUAAGAGGCUUUGCGGUUCCAUUUCAAUCCCUAACCCCAGCCCCUCUGCCCCUCUCAGUCAGCCCCUCUUGACCCGUGCCCUGUCUGUCCCUCUCUGCCCCGUCGCUCGCACACCCCUUCAUUCCUGGGCCCCCUUCCUUCCCUUUACCCCUUUCCUUUCCAUUCCUCUCGAGUUCUCCCUCCCUCUCUUUUCCCUCUGCAUUCUGCAUUGUCUCCAUAACAAUCCCCGCCAAAUUUUCUGUACUUCGUUGUCGCUCUUUAACCUUGAAUCCUCUUCAGAAAUUUCAUUUCCUGCGUGACGAGUUGUGAUUGUCACAUUCGCUUGUCCUGGAAUGCGCGUACGUGUCCUGGUGGGCAGUGUCUUUAAGAGAAGUCUUCUAAUUUGGGCCCCAUAAGUAAGAUUUCUGACGCCGCUGCCUACUAGUGUGAUUUUGGAGGGACGUUGAACAGAAAAUUGAAUCUUGAGUUACACGUGAUGACUAAAAGGCAAAAUAUUUUAAAGUGUUCCGACGUAUCCUACUAUAUUUUCUUUCUCGGAUUGCUAUCGGCACCAUUUAUAAAAUUAUAGUGUAUGCUGUGAUUUAUUGGUGGAAUUCAAAAUAAGGGAAAGCACUUAUAAUUUGGUCAAUGUUUGCUAUAAAUGUUUCAAUGCACAUGUUAAUAAUCUCCGUUAUCUCAACGUUUGCCACUUAUAUCUCGCUUGUCGGUGUAUUUUAUGUAGGUAAUGACUGAUGACUAGACUGAGGUAUAUCUUUCUGUAUUAAACCUAGCUUAUGAAAAAAAAAUCCCUGUCGGUUGUGGAAACUUUAAAAAAAAUUGUUCAGCAAGUACAUUUAACAUGAUAACCAAGAUUGUGUAUAAAUUGGUCAUAAUAAUAAUAAUUCCACGCCUUACAAGACGUUUUAAAAUGUUUCUUCCUGCGAUAUAAAAUUCUAGUCCAGUGUUGACAUCAUAUAUUGACGCCAGUCAAACCGAAAAAGUUCCCAACAGAUCAAAAUUUGUGAGUACUAUCAUCAAACUAUGCAUACUUCAUUCUAUAAUGUUUUUGUGUUGUUUGUCUAGUGCUGCUUAUAUAGAUUAGUUUUACGAAUUCUUAAACUUUUUCAAAUAUUUCCUAGCGUUUUGGAAAAGUCAAUGUGUAAUCUUUAGAAAUGUAGUUCCCUUCCAAAAGAUUGUUCCUAGCUACUGUAAUAUAAGUAAUCCGCAAUUACAAUUUUGUUAUGAAGCUGAA